AUGGCCAACGUGAUGGGUGUCGGGCGAGGGGUUGAGGUGGUCAGGGACCCCUGCGACUUCUCAGUCCUGAGAUGCGCAGCCAUCCUCGGGGACAGCAAGCGCCUCAAGCAGAUCCUGCACAACAUGCUUGGCAACGCCCUCAAGUUCACCGACAAAGGCCAUGUCGUCCUCCGGGACUGGGCGACCCAGCCGAUCGCCGGGAGCAGCGUCAGUGCUCCGUCAAGGUUAACAAAUGGCCAAGGCGGCACAGACUUGGGGCUUGGAAUCGUGCAAUCCUUUGUACGUCUGAUGGGAGGAGAGAUUAGCAUCAAGGACAAAGGGCCCGGAGAAAAUGGAACAUGCUUCGCGUUCAACAUGCUCCUGAAGAUAAGCGAGGUGCAACAACCUCAAGACAUUGAAGGACCGUCAGUUCCAUCAGGCACACUGAACCGCUCCAAUUUCAUAGCCUCAGCGUUUGAAGAAGCCAGCAACUUCAAGCGUGUGCACUGCGUUCUCUAUGUUCAUGGGUAUGAAACCAGGAGGAUCCUGCAGACAUGA